ACAUGUUUUUCUCAAACCUAUGCCCAAAGAUAUUGGAAAUAAAAAAAUGUACCUUCUUUCAUUACCAAAUCUGGGACAACCGUCUGCUAGAAAAAAAUAUAUACGACAUUUAAUCUAAAACUUUUGUGACUACACACGAUGGAAAGAGAACUACUCAUGAGUGUAAGUAGUUCAAAUAAGUAGUUUGGAAAGUAAUAUAAAGUGCAAACUGCAAAAUGCGACUAUUGUUUAACUAGCAACUAAAAAACAGGCAUUUAAAUGUAACUAUGUAAACUAUAUUAUUUCACACAAUUGUGUAGGAACAAAAAUGAUUCUUUUGUUGCUGUUUUGUUUUUUGAUCCAUCAAAGUUAUGAGGUUACAGAAAACACCCCUUUUAAUCCACGGGGACCCCUUGUGAAAUGUUCCUUUUUGCCAUGGGAGUUUAUUACGUGUAAAGAACCAGUGGAUCAUCGAGGUAACAGAACAGCCAAAGAAGAAAUGGGACACGGUUGUGUUAAAUUUGGUGGUAUGAGAUACGAAGACGUAGAACGAACCAAAGUUGAGUGUACAGUUUUGGAGGAUAUAGAAUGUUACGGAAAUAAGACUUUCUUUAAAGAGGGCGUGGCAUGUGUUAAAUAUUCAAACCAGUACUUUACAACAACUUUAUUGUAUAGCAUCCUUCUUGGUUUCCUGGGAAUGGACCGUUUCUGCUUGGGUCAAACAGGAACGGCAGUUGGAAAGUUACUAACUUUGGGUGGAGUUGGUAUUUGGUGGAUUGUCGAUAUUGUUUUACUUGUUACUAAUAAUUUAGGACCAGAAGAUGGUAGUAAUUGGAAUCCAUAUGUGUAACAUAAUUUAUUAAGACUAGUGUAAGAUAAAUAAAAAUUUACUUUUCA